AUGGAAGCUGCUGAGGUGUCCCCAGUCUAUCAACUAUCAACUAUCGCUACGGCAGGCGCGGCGGCCACGAAGCGCACCUCCGCGCGCUUAUCGGCGAUAACAGCUUCUCCUCUUUUCUAUUGCUACCCUGGAGUAAGGUACUUCAGCUACUCUGCCCACUCCAUAUCCUUCACAAUGUUGGUCAGAGCUGCUCUUCGCUCCUGCUGGAGGCAGUCUCCACCUCGGAUUCUUGCUCGUCAGCUCCAUAACCUACACAGACACCCACAGAGUCGGUUCUUGAAUGUAUCCGAAGAGGUGCGCGAUGCUGUCGCAACAGGCAAGCCAGUCGUUGCGUUGGAGACGACGAUAUAUACGCACGGCUUUCCUUACCCUGAGAACAUCGCUUUGGCAACUCUGUUGGAGUCGGUUGUUCGGGGCAAUGGCGGCGUUCCUGCAACCAUCGGCAUACUAGGGGGUGUUGCCAAGGUUGGCAUGAGUCCUGAAGAAAUAAUCGAGCUGGCCUCGACCGCAGAGAACAAGUCCGCCUUGAAGGUCUCCCGUCGGGAUUUGGGGUAUAUCUGUGGGAUGGGCUUGGCUGGAAGAAAGAUUCAUGGUGGCACAACCAUCUCUGGCACUAUGAUUCUCUCUGAAUUGGCAGGGAUUAAGAUCUUUGGAACUGGUGGACUAGGCGGUGUUCACCGCGGUGGUGAGAAUUCGAUGGAUGUUUCCGCCGACCUGACUGAACUGGGACGGACACCAGUCACCGUCAUCAGCUCUGGGUGCAAGAGCUUUUUAGACAUCCCCCGGACCCUAGAAUACCUCGAGACAGAAGGUGUCUGUGUAGUGGAGUGCGAAGCCCCCCGUGUCAUCCAUAAUGAAGCCGAAGCCGCCGCCAUCGUCUCGGAGAUGGACCUUGUCAUUGAGGAGGCCGUCCGCCUCGCGGACGUAGAAGGCUACCGAGGCAGCGACAACACACCAUUCGUGUUGUCCAAGAUCAAAGAACUAAGCGGGGGCAAGAGUAUAAUCGCUAACCGUGCUUUGAUUGAAUCAAAUGUUAAACGUGCCAGCCAGGUCGCGGUGGAGUUAGCCAAGCUGGAAGCAAUGGAGCGAGGAACGUCGGGACAUGCCAUGCCCGUUUUCCUGAGCCCAACGCCGGAGCAAAACCCAACUCCGAAAGAGAAUCCUCAACAUAUCAUCCCCUCUGAGAAAACAACCUCAACCAACUUGAAGCAAACCGACGUACUCGUCGCAGGCUCCCUCGCAAUCGACCUCUCAUGCGACUACACCCCAUUCGACAACGAACGCGCCCAAAUCGCACCACUCCCACACACCUCCAACCCAGCCGUCAUUAGCCAAAGCCUCGGCGGCGUCGGCCACAACGUCGCCCUAGCAGCCCGCUACAUCGGAAGCGAAGUCCUCUUCUGCAGCGUGGUAGCGGACGACUUAAGCGGCCGAGCCGCCCUCGCAACCCUCGAAACAGAAGGGCUAAGCAGUGCAGGAAUUCAAGUCCUCCCCGCGACAACCGGGGCCCGAACAGCGCAAUACGUCGCCAUCAACGAUGCAAAGAAAGACCUAUUAAUCGCGAUGGCAGACAUGGGCAUUGUAGAACUCUCGGAGCAACAGCUCGACCUCGAAGGGUUCUGGGAACCACUCCUAGAGCGCAGCAAACCUAGCUGGGUCGUCAUCGACGCGAACUGGCGACCCGAUGUCAUCGCCAAAUGGAGCUCUAUUGCCCUUAAACACGGGGCCCGCGUAGCCUUUGAGCCCGUAUCAACUGCCAAGUCGCGGCGUCUAUUUGGACAUGAUGCGAGCGGUACUGGUGCGGCGAUUGGACCUGCGAAUACAAUUCCUAACCACUCUGUCAGUCUCGCUUGCCCCAAUCGUCUCGAGUUAGCAGCCAUGUACGCCGCCGCCAGAGAAGCGCUUUUAUUCGACUCGCCCGGGUGGUGGAGCAUGAUUAAUGCGAUGGGCUUGUCUCCUACAGGCUCGCGGGAACGUUUGAUUGCCGCGACAUCUGCUGCUCUCGUUGAUGAAGGCCUGCCGCAGCAGUCCAUUCAGCUUCUCCCAUUCAUUCCAUGUCUGAUCACUAAACUCGGUGAUGCGGGUGCUCUCCUCACUCAGCUCCUACCGCCUGGUGAUCCUCGCCUUACGGACCCCGAGUCUGCUCCCUAUAUCCUGGCUCGAUCUGAGGUAUCUACUGAGGCCUCUUUCGGCGGUGUUUAUAUGCGCUUGUUCCCGCCUGCUGCUACGUUGGCUCCUCAUGAGGUCGUUAGCGUCAAUGGGGCUGGAGAUACCCUGCUCGGCGUCGUGGUUUCUGGGCUUGCUAAAGCGGGUUCGGCAGCGCGCAUUGAAGAUAUUCUUCCAGUGGCGCAAGAGGCAAGUCGGAGGACACUGACCAGUGCAGGGGGUGUGAGUAAGGAUCUUGCUAGCCUACGUUCUCAACUGGAGCAAUAG